UUCCGACUAUUACUUUUUAUUAGAGAUUACGCGCAUUCAAGCAAACAGUAUAGAUAAAAGGGUUACUAUAGGGCAUUUUGUUACUAGGCUAGUUUCCAUAGUAAAGAAUAAAAGGGGGUGAAUGAAGCAUAAUUUGGACGAUUUGUUUGGGGUUUGGUUUCACUAUCGAAAAUGACAUCUGCCUGAGUUUCAAGCUUGAUUUCUAAUCAAUAAGAUAAUCCCCGUUUUUUAACCAUUACUGAUAUAAGUAGCUUUAUUCUUGUUGUUUCUAUUACAACACACAAAUGAGUUCUGAUACUUUUCACGGAUGGGCCGCUGUUUCUAAAGGUAUAGCUCUUAAUCUUUCUCUAUAGCAGUGACAUAACUUAAUAAUAGACAAACCUUUGGAAUGGAUGGAGUUGCCUUUAAGAGCACCUGACGAUGAUACUGUCGACAUGAAGAUUACUCACUGUGGUAUCUGUGGUAGUGAUAUUCACACUCAAGACAGUGGUUGGGGUGAAACUGACUAUCCUUGCGUUACUGGACACGAAAUUACUGGUAUCUGUACUGCUGUCGGUAAGAAUGUCAAGCAUAUCAAGGUUGGCGACCGUAUCGGUGUUGGUGCUCAAUCUGGCUCCUGCCUUGAAUGUAAGGAGUGUUUGAAUGGUGAAGAAAAUCUUUGUCAAGGUCGCAAGACUGGUACUUACAACAGCCGCUGGCCAAACGGUGACAAAGCCUUUGGUGGUUAUGCUGAUAAAUGGAGGGGCCACCAACGUUUUGUUUUCAAAGUGCCAGACAACAUGACAAACGAAGUUGCGGCCACCUUUUUCUGUGCUGGUGUCACUACCUAUUCUCCUUUGAAGAGAUACGGCGUCACUAAGGGAAGCAAGGUUGGUGUCAUCGGUCUUGGCGGCUUAGGCCAUUACGCUAUUCAAUGGGCCAAGGCAAUGGGUGCUCACGUAGUAACUAUUUCCAGAUCCGACAAGAAACUCCAAGAUGCUACAGCUCUUGGUUCCCAUGAAUAUAUUAAUGCAAGCAACCCUGAUGAAUUAAAGGCUCAUACGGGUACUUUUACACACAUCAUUUGUACAGCUUACAGCAAGGAGUUUGAUUGGCCAACUUAUUUCAAACUAAUGGACACCAACAGUUACUUUAUUAUGGUUGCUCUUCCUGAAGCACCUCUUAACGGCAUUCCUGCUAUGCUCUUGGCAGCUAGACAGAUCAGUCUUGUUGGUUCCAUGAUUGGUUCUCCUUCCAUGAUUGAAGAUAUGCUUCAAUUUGCUGCUGAGCACGAUGUGAAGCCCUGGAUCAGCAAGUAUCCCAUGAAACAGUGUAAUGAAGCCGUCCAAGCCUUCAGAGAUGGCAAACCAAGAUAUAGAAUUGUUUUGGAAAAUGAAUAAAGUUUUCUUGUAAUUGUACCAUAUUUCGUGUUUGCGUUAAAUGAUUUAUUCA